AUUGGAGCCUCGGAGUUUUUCACUGAGGCAGGGGUCAGCUGAAAGACAAAGAAAAAUGGCGAAUAGUUUGCUGGGGGGUGGGGGAACAGCUGUUCGGGUUUUCACUGGAGUGGACAUUCCAGACUCAGGUUUCUGCAUCUCCUGCUGCCUUUUGUUUCCUCCGUCCUUUUGGGGGGGGAGGGCUGGGAGUGACUUAAAUUCUCCCUGUCCGAGGAGAUAUAAAUAACUACAUGUAAAAUUAAUGCAGUUCCCGUUGUCAGAAUGUCCACAGAAGGAGGAUUUGGUGGUACUAGCAGCAGUGAUGCCCAGCAAAGCCUACAGUCCUUCUGGCCUCGUGUCAUGGAAGAAAUUCGGAAUUUAACAGUGAAAGAUUUCCGAGUACAGGAACUCCCACUGGCUCGUAUUAAGAAGAUUAUGAAACUGGAUGAAGACGUGAAGAUGAUCAGUGCAGAAGCACCUGUGCUCUUUGCCAAGGCAGCCCAGAUUUUUAUCACAGAGUUGACUCUUCGAGCCUGGAUCCACACAGAGGAUAACAAGCGCCGGACUCUACAGAGGAAUGAUAUCGCCAUGGCAAUUACAAAAUUUGAUCAGUUUGACUUUCUCAUCGAUAUUGUUCCAAGAGAUGAACUGAAACCUCCAAAGCGUCAGGAGGAGGUGCGCCAGUCCGUGACUCCUGCUGAGCCCGUCCAGUACUACUUCACGCUGGCUCAGCAGCCUGCCGCCGUCCAAGUCCAGGGGCAGCAGCAGGGCCAGCAGACCAGCAGCUCUGCGACCACCAUCCAGCCUGGGCAGAUCAUCAUUGCGCAGCCGCAGCAGGGCCAGACCACGCCCGUGACCAUGCAGGUGGGAGAAGGUCAGCAGGUGCAGAUUGUUCAGGCUCAGCCCCAGGGUCAAGCCCAGCAGGCCCAGAGCAGCACUGGACAGACCAUGCAGGUGAUGCAACAGAUCAUCACGAACACAGGAGAGAUCCAGCAGAUUCCGGUGCAGCUGAAUGCCGGCCAGCUGCAGUACAUUCGCUUAGCCCAGCCUGUAUCAGGCACCCAGGUCGUGCAGGGACAGAUCCAGACACUUGCCACCAACGCUCAACAGAUCACACAGACAGAGGUGCAGCAAGGGCAGCAGCAGUUCAGCCAGUUCACAGACGGACAGAGGAACAGCGUGCAGCAAGCUCGAGGCUCUGAGCUAACGGGAGAGGCAGAGCCCAGAGAAGUGAAAGCCACAGGAAAUGCAACUCCCUGCACCUCUUCCCCGCCCACCACACACCCCCCCUCACACCGGGCCGGAGCCUCCUGUGUCUGCUGCUCCCAGCCCCAGCAGAGCUCCACAUCCCCUCCUCCCUCCGAUGCCUUACAGUGGGUGGUGGUUGAGGUAUCUGGGGCCCCCAGCCAACUCGAGGCCCCUAGGGAGCUGCAUGCCCCUCUCCCAGGGAUGACCUCACUCUCUCCUCUCCACCCCUCGCAGCAGCUCUACCAGAUCCAGCAAGUCACCAUGCCUGCCGGCCAGGACCUCACCCAGCCCAUGUUCAUCCAGUCAGCCAACCAGCCCUCCGACGGGCAGGCCCCCCAGGUGACCGGCGACUGAGGGCCUGAGCUGGCGAGGCCAAGGACACCCAACACAAUUUUUGCCAUACAGCCCCGGGCGAUGGGCACAGCCUCCCUCCCCAGAGGACCCGGCCGACCUCCGCGCCUCCUGCAGGGCUAGGACACUGGUGCACUACACCCCACGCCUGGGGGCCGAGAGUCUCCAACAGAAAGAUGCAAUAUUUUUUAUUUCCUUUUUUCCAUUUUUUCUCCAAGGAAUCAAUAUUUCAGUAUGUUGAGCUGUGUGUCCAAUGCUAUGAAAUGAAAAUAUUAAAUAACAUAUUUAUGGCAUUUUCUUGAAGAGUGUGGUUGAAGAAAUAUUUCUUUUGUUUUCCUUUUUUUUUUUUUUUUUUUUUUAUUCUUACCGCCACUUCUUUUCAGGAGCAAAUCUCCUCAGGGGGGUACGUUACCUCCUGACUCUUGGAACAGCUGCUGCCCCCAGGAUUUGCCACCUCGUUCUGCCCUCAGAUUGAGUUAGGUGACUGCGUAGCUUCCUGUUCACUAGUGGUCCUCUCCCGCGACCCUGUGCUUCACCCAGAGCUCUGUGUGUUUGCACCCAGAGGCCAUGGAAACAUUCCUUGCAUUUAAGAGAUGAACUCAUUCGCCAUGGAGAGUGGAUGGUUUCAUUUCCAAACCCUUCUCUCCCAGGGACCCAAGGAGACUAGAACUUUGUGCAUUUGCCUGCCCCCACCCCCAUUUUUUAUAAUGCAUUAAAAAUUGUGCUAGUCUCCUUUGCUGCAUGGACUUCAAACUGCAUGAAAUGCAAUAAAUCUCAUUUUAGAUAA